UGCUGUACUGAAGAAGGAGACAAGAUGAAGAUGUCCUUUGUGAAUGUUUUCCUGCUCUGCUCUUUGUGUGCAGCACAGUUAAGUGAAGUCUCUCAGCCUGACUCUUUGAAAACAGUGAAGAUUGGCCACUCAGCUACUAUUAAAUGCUUCAUAAAGAGCGCAUCAACAAAAACUGUGUGGUACAAGGUGACUACAGGGAGGAAACUACAGCUGGUGGUAAAAACCGAUUCUUACUAUAAUGUGAGAGAGUUCAGUGAUGAAUUUGUUAACCGUUCUUCAGUUAAAUUUGACAUGACUAACAAUCAUCUGACCAUAAAUAAAACAUCAUGGGAAGAUGUUGGAACAUACUUCUGUGGAGUCUUACACAUAAGUGAGGUUCAGUUUGGGUCAGGAACAUUUCUGAUGUUGACAGGUGCAAAGACAAUCAGCGACUCUGUCGUCCAGCUGCCAGAAUCAAAGUCAGUGAGGUCCGGAGACUCUGUGACUCUCAGCUGUUCUCUUCACUCUGCUCAAUGCACAACAGAACUCACUAGUUUCAUGUGGCUGAAAAACUCGGAUCAUUCUGCUCCAGAGAUGAUUUAUUGCUCUGACAAUAAGAACAACAUCUCCCAGAGAACUGACAGAGGACGAACUACCUGCGUGUACAACUUUGUCAUCAGGAGCCGGGAUGACGCUGGGGUCUACUACUGUGCUGUCAAUGCAUGUGGACAAAUACUGCUUGGAAAUGGGACAAGAAUAAUUCAUGCAGACACUGAAAGCAUACCACUGAGUCCGACCGUUAUUGCACUGAUGCUGUCAAACAUGGUUCUUGCAACUGUGACGCUCCUCCUUGUAGUGACAUUUUGCAAGACAAGAAUGAAAAAAUCUGCAGAAGCAGCCGAUGAAGGCGAUCAGACUGGUGAUACAGUCAUCUACACAUCUGUGGGUUUGGCUCACAGUAGUAUUAAGCCCAGACAACCUACAGUAAAAGCCAAUGGAGACGCUGUAAUUUACUCUACACUCAAACCCUGACAACAGAACGUCAAAGUUUCAUCAGGGGAAUACGACCAAGCUACGACAAAUAAUGGCUAAGGGAUGUCUUGCAACUCUCAUAGGUAGUAUAUCUCUUUUCAGUGGUGCAUACAAGCAUUUAAACUAUAAUCAAAGAAGUUUUGACUUUCUCAGUCACUGAAGCUUAGUACAUUUCCUCAACUUCACCACUUUGUAGGCUAAAUUAAUAUUUUUGUAUCCUUCAGAUUUUAAAACCAGCAUAAUUUUCAUGGACCGUCACAUUUAACCACCAGCUUAUCACUAAUGGAAUGUAUCAUUCUUCAGUUAUUUACUCUGCCUUGCACUGUGAAAACCAAAUGUACUGUUUUAAUAUACUUUUAUGUUUGGACUGAAAUUCUUUCCAUUUUACAAAUUGCCCUGCAGAACGCUGUGCUAUGUGAUGUACUAUAGAGUUUGCUGUAGGUUUGUACUUGGCAGCAAGGCUGUUGGUUAAGAAAUUACACUGACUAGUGUAACAAAAAAUAUAUUUUAAUAUAGAGAAAUGUGUUGUGACUUAUAUCAUACAUGGCAAUAUAUUAAAUGUAGAUUCCUCCCUUCUUUUCUCUUCAGAUUAAUAUGAAUGUUUUAAGUGAGCAUCUUUUCUGUAAAAUGUUUUGCAUUAAAAAAUGUUCAUGUCUGGAAAAACCCUACACUCACCAAU